AUGAAGAUUUAUCUAUUAAUAUGGACCCUCGUGGCAUCACUAGUGAAAUCAGAAUCACAUGUACAGGACGUUCUGAAAAAUGGAAAUGACCAGUUUUCGGCUAAUUUCUUAUACGAAGUUUCCAAAGACCAAGCUGAUAAAAGUUUUGUAAUAUCAGCAUAUUCGGUUCUAUCUCCUCUUGCACAACUAGCCUUAGCGUCUGUGGGACAAACUCAUGACGAGAUUCUGACAGCUAUAGGUAUGCCCAACGAUAACGUGACAAAAGAAGUGUUCUCUGAUGUGAAUACUAGAAUACAAUCAGUGAAAGGUGUUGAGUUAAAGCAGGCAAACAAAGUAUAUGUUCGCGAUGGUUACAAUUUAAACCAGGAAUUUGCUGCUAUUUCAAGAACUGUUUUCAAUUCAGAAGUUCAAAAUAUAGAUUUUAAUAAGUCAACAGAAGCUGCUGCUGAAAUAAAUAUGUGGGUCGAAGCUAACACAAAUAACCGCAUUAAAGACUUAGUGAACCCCUCGACACUUACUCCUUCCACUGCUGCUGUUCUUGUCAACGCUAUUUUCUUCAAGGGGAACUGGCAGAUUCCUUUUGAGGAGUUAAGCACGCGAGACCGUGACUUUUUUGUCACCAAAAAUAAAAAAAUCACAAAAUCAAUGAUGCAUCAGACUGAUAGUUUCGAAUACGGUGAAAGUGAUGAAUUAGAUGCUAAGCUCCUUGAAAUGUCAUAUGAAGGGGGUGAAACAUCCUUUGUCAUCGUACUUCCAAAACAAAAUGAUAGUAUUGAGUCGCUAAUCGAAAAACUUAAAGAUCCAGCAGUAUUCCCGAAGGCAAGGAGUAAUAUGUAUACAGUAGAUGUUCACGUUUCUCUACCCAAGUUCAAAAUUGAAACUACGACUAAUCUCAAAGAUGUUCUCCAAAAAAUCAACAUUAAGCAGUUAUUUGUGGAAAGAGGAGCUCAUCUUGACAACCUUAUAGAAGGCGAAUCAAACCUGUAUGUGAGUGACGCUAUUCAAAAGGCUUUCAUAGAAGUGGACGAAAAGGGAACUGAAGCAGCUGCAGCCAAUAAGUUCGGUUUAAGUUUUCCUGAUUCCGUCGGGGCAACACCUCUUUAUCAGUCCUUCGAUGCUGAUCAUCCGUUCGUCUUUUACUUAAUGCAAAACGACAAUAUUCUCUUCAACGGAGUUUUUCGUUCAUGA